AUGAAACUCGCCGUUUUUGUUAUCGCUGCUGCCAGCGCCAAACGAGUUGCUCGACAAGCUGAUGACGCCGUCGCAAACGAGACUGCCGAAUAUGACGAUUAUGGCGAGCGUAAACUCAAGGGAAACAAGGCGAACAAGAACAACUACGCCCCAGCUUCUGGCUCUUACGACCCUGCACCAGCAGCUACUUACCCAGCGGCGAAUAACUACCCAGCCAACAACUAUCCAGCAGGAAACAACUACCCAGCCAGUAACUACCCGACUCAAACUGGUUAUUCUGCCCCGGCUUACCCAACUUCUCCUCUCAAAUGCUGGCAUUGCGACGCCAUGAGCUUCGAAGAAUGCGAAGCCAAGGGAAUGGAGAAGACUUGUCACCCCAACGAAGGAUCUUGUUUUUUGGAAAUCAGAGAACGACGACAGAACGGCCACGCUGGCCCAUUCAUGCAGAUUUGCAUGGGCUGCAAGAGCAAGGACGCCUGCGAUAACAUGCAGAACCAGAACUUCCAGAACCAAAAUCCCGCUUACACCCAAUGCCGCCCAGAGAACUACUACGGCGAAUCCGUUUGCCGACAGUGCUGUGCUUCUGACAACUGCACAAAAGAACCAAGCUGGUGGUACCCUGCCGACCGAAGCGAAUGGGCUUACAAAGGAGAAGAAUCUGGAUAUUAA